AAUGAAGUUCCCACGUUCGACGCGGAGAAUGCCCGAUUGCGUCCAACAGGAAAGACGACUAUGGCAGACCACUCGCAGAUAAUUGAUUUGACUCUAGAAUCGGGUUCGGAGUCCGAUGAAGUGGCGAUAAUCAAUGAUCCAUGCGUUAGCUCUACUGCAACGCCAUAUGUAACCGCAGCAGACGAGCGACAAAGGUUGCGACCCGACGAGCACACGGGAGCCGAUAGUGCUGAUCUAUCACAUAUUCUUGAUAUCGAUCUUGGUCCUGCACCGAAAUAUGGUGUCCGCCGACCUCAAGAUGAGCCAGAUGAGCUUGAGAAAUUAUGGAAGGAACGGCUUGCAAGGGUAAAUAAGGGUAUCAAAGCUUACAAAGUAACGAGUUUCCAGCAUGACCGUACAUCAGAACGUCGGGAACUAAUUUAUGGUUACGGUGACAAGAGCAUUUCGGCCUCCCUCUCAGCAAGCAGCGUGCAUUAUAUCACUCGCAGCUGCACGGCUGCCUCCUUCAUCCGGAGCACAGAAUAGAAUUUUCCCCAAUUCAGUUUGAAGCCAGCACGUCAGGGGGUAAGUAAGUCACCCCCAUUGAUUUUUUGCAAACUAAGAUGGGCGUCAUAUCCCGAGGGGUCAACAUUAUCAUCCAGCACGGCCCCUAUGCCGUCACAGCUAGUACUGUGCAGGCUGGGACUCGUGCUAAUGUCCCGGAUUGGGAUUCGCGCAGCCAGACCGUGGACAACAGUUCAUCAUCUCGUUCUGGAAGCAUCCUUUAUAAGAAACAUGAGUUCAGUCUCCACAACGACGAGAAAUAUUGGGAGA